GAGAACUGAAAAAGCUUGAGAAAUCCCAACUUCUAGAGAGAGAAAUAGCAUGACCAACUUCUUCAACAAUGGCGGUCUCUAGGGUUUAUGAGUUUAUAUGAUCACAAAACCGACUUUCAUCUUGAUUGGAAUAUUCCAUCAUGGAAAUGCCCGGUAGGAGGUCCAAUUACACUUUGCUCAGCCAAUUUCCGGACGACGCUAUCUCCGUCUCCGUCUCCGGAGCACCUCCACCGCACCAUGACUACUUUUCCAGCGACAACAGGAGUGCGGCCGCCGAUAACAGAGGAAACAACAGCAAAAACAAGGCGGAUAGAGCUGGAUUCGAUUGCGAUCCCAGUGGCGGGGGUGGCGGCGAUCACAGAUUGAACACCCCGGCCAAUCGGGUUGGCAAUAUGUAUUCUUCGUCUCUCGGGUUGCAGAGGCAUUCGAGCGGGAGCAGCUUCGGAGAAAGCUCCCUGUCCGGGGAAUACUACAUGCCCACGGUUUUAUCUUCGUCGGCUAACGAAAUCGAUUCUUUUGGAUACGUUCAAGAAGACGGGUUUAUGCUCGGAUUCGCCGGUGGUGGAGGAGACGUGAGGUUGAGAAUGACAGCGGAGUCGGCCGGAGGAUCAUCAUCCGGGAAGAGCUGGGCGCAACAGACGGAGGAGAGCUACCAGCUGCAGUUGGCAUUGGCUCUACGGCUUUCGUCGGAGGCCACGUGCGCCGACGAUCCAAACUUUCUCGAUCCGGUCUCCGACGAGUCUGCUCUCCGGACUUCGCCUAGCUCAGCUGAAACUGUCUCACAUCGAUUCUGGGUCAAUGGCUGCUUAUCAUACUUUGACAAAGUUCCUGAUGGAUUUUAUAUGAUUCAUGGAUUGGAUCCAUAUAUAUGGACCCUGUGCGUUGAUCUGCAUGAUAGUGGGCGUAUUCCUUCAAUCGAAUCAUUAAGGUCUGUGGAGUCUGGUGAUGGCUCUUCACUUGAAGUGAUCUUAGUUGAUCGGCAUAGCGAUCCAAGCUUCAAGGAACUGCAUAGUAGAGUUCAUAACAUAUGUUGUAGCUGCAUUACCACAAAAGAGGUUGUUGAUCAGCUGGCAAAGCUUGUCUGUAAUCACAUGGGGGGUCCAGUUGCCACAGGAGAAGAGGAAUUGGUUCCCGUAUGGACAGACUGCACUGAUGGUUUAAGAGAACGCUUUAAACUGGUGGUUCCCAUAGGUAGCCUCUCGGUUGGCCUCUGCAGACAUCGAGCUUUACUCUUCAAAGUUUUGGCUGACACAAUUGAUUUACCUUGUCGAAUUGCAAAGGGGUGCAAAUAUUGUAAAAGGGAUGAUGCUGCAUCGUGUCUCGUCCGAUUUGGGCUCGAUAGGGAAUAUCUGGUUGACUUAGUAGGGAAACCGGGUGAAUUAUGGGAGCCAGACUCCUUGCUAAAUGGUCCCUCGUCUAUUUCAAUUUAUUCACCAUUGCGAUUUCCACGACCAAGGCCAGUUGAACCUGCCGUCGAUUUCAAGUCUCUGGCCAAACAGUAUUUUGCAGACUGUCAGAUGCUUAAUAUCUUUUUUGAUCCUGCUUCAGAUGAUACUGGAUUCUCAAUGUAUCAUAGACAACAUGAUAAUGUGGGCGGAGAGCAGAAUGACCUUGCUCAAUUGCCAGAAAAUAUCGGUGGUUCUUUCGCACUCCGUGCUGAUGAGCCUCUGCGGAACAAUAUGCAUUCACCAAAUCAAGUACAAGCAGCAGUAUCUUCAAUAAAUGCACUGCCAAUCAGUAAGUCUGUUCCUACUGGACAGAACAGGGAACUUGGGCUUGAUAUCGAUGAUUUGGACGUCCCAUGGAGUGAUCUUGUUCUAAAAGAGGGAAUUGGAUCAGGUUCCUUUGGCACUGUCCACCGUGCUGAGUGGCAUGGCUCGGAAGUUGCUGUGAAGAUUCUCAUGGAGCAAGACUUUCACGCUGAGCGUGUAAACGAGUUCUUGAGAGAGGUUGCAAUAAUGAAACGCCUUCGCCACCCUAACAUCGUUCUCUUCAUGGGUGCUGUCACUCAGCCUCCAAACUUGUCCAUAGUGACAGAAUAUUUGUCAAGAGGUAGUUUGUAUCAGCUGUUGCAUAAAGGCGGGGCAAGGGAGCAAUUGGAUGAGAGACGUCGGUUUAGUAUGGCAUAUGAUGUGGCAAAAGGAAUGAAUUAUCUUCAUAAUCGCAAUCCUCCCAUAGUGCACAGAGAUCUAAAGUCACCGAAUUUGUUAGUUGACAAGAAAUACACGGUCAAGGUCUGCGAUUUCGGGCUCUCGCGUUUGAAGGCGAACACGUUUCUUUCGUCAAAGUCGGCAGCAGGAACUCCCGAGUGGAUGGCACCUGAAGUACUUCGUGACGAGCCGUCUAAUGAAAAGUCCGAUGUGUAUAGCUUCGGAGUUAUUUUAUGGGAGCUCACUACACUGCAACAUCCAUGGAGUAACUUAAACGCGGCUCAGGUUGUAGCGGCAGUGGGGUUCAAAGGGAAACGGCUGGAGAUUCCGCGCAAUCUGAACCCACAGGUUGCAGCCAUAAUCGAAGCUUGCUGGACCAAUGAGCCAUGGAAGCGACCGUCUUUCGCAACAAUGAUGGAGUUGCUAAGACCAUUGAUCAAAUCGGCUGCACCUCAACCUGGGCGUUUUGAUUAGUUAAGAUUUAAAAAAAAAAAAGACAGCUUAAAUGUUGUCUUCUUCCCAGUCACCAUCUACUCUUAAGAACAUUCUCAAAACUUUUGUCUUUUUUUCUUGUUGUUGUCUUCUUUUGCA